AUGCAGUUCGCCGCCACCAUCCUCGCCUUCGCCACCGCGGCCAUGGCAGCCCCAUCAACCCAGUGCACCUUCGGCCAAUACGUCUGCUCCAAGGACGGCCUGUCCAUCCUGCAGUGCGAUAUCACUGGCCACCUCGUGACCAUCGGACCUUGCCCCAACGGCAGCAAGUGCUCCAACAUCGGAGACAUCCCCUACUGCCAGGUCCCUCCCAAGACGAAGCGCGCGGGCGGCCCUGCCUACUGCCCCACCCCCGGCACCUACACGUGCGGUGACAACAACGCCAACAUCUACGUCUGCAACGCCCAGAACCAGCUGAUCUUCAACGGUGCUUGCCCCGAGAAGACCCACUGUAGCUACCUGAACGGCAUCCCGUUCUGUGUCGACAACGCCGUCCACGGCUACUAA